CUCGCUUCACUUCAUCCGGGAAAAGCUAGAACAAGCUCUUUCUUGAUCGUGCAAAGAUGGCCUCGCGCUUGACCGUCUACGCCGAGAAGCCAAUGACCAUCAAACCGGCGCGUCCCACCAAGAACCAGACCAUCUUUCUUAGCAACAUGGACCAGCAAGUCUUCUUCCACGUCGAGAUGCUUUUCAUGUACGAUGUCCAGUCCCCGGACACGGGAGACGUGGUGGACAACGUACGCAACGCUCUCGCCGAAGCUCUCGUUCCAUACUACUUCGCGGCGGGGAGAUUCAGAGUGAACGAGCAAGAGAAGAGGCUUGAGGUGGAGUGCAAUGGAGCCGGGGCGCACUUUGCCGGUGCCUACUGCGAUUCCACCAUCGCCGAGCUGGGCGAUCUGCGAAUUCCCAAUCCAGACUUCCGGAAGCUGCUCGUUUACCCGGUUGAUGUCAAGAAGAUCGAAGAUAUCCCCUUGUUUUCCAUCCAGGUGACGAGAUUCAAAUGUGGGGGAUUCAUUGUCGGGAUUUACACUAGCCAUGUCGUGUUUGAUGGGAUUUCGGGAUGCCAGUUCUUCAGUGACAUCGGCAGGAUCUCUCGCGGCGAGUCCAUCGCGGCCAAGGCAACCAUGACUCCCGACAGGACGACCCUCCGCUCGCGAUCGCCACCGAGUAUCUCCUACGCCCACCCGGAGCUCAUGAGACUCCCGGACAUUCCCGCGAGGCUGCUCUUCAACCCGGCCUCGUACGACGUCUCCAAGCCCCCAGUGCACGCCUUCAAGACGUUCUCCUUCUCUCUCGCGCAGCUCGAUCUUCUCAAAAAGAGAGCUAUUGAGGGAGGAGAGGUCUCCCGCUGCUCCACCUUUGAGGCCCUCACAGGCCACGUCUGGAAGGCACGCACCACCGCUCUUGGGAUGGACCCAUCCGCCAUGGCCAAGCUCUUCGUGGCGAUGAACCUCCGGGACAAGCUCAAGAGCCCGGCGCUACCCGACGGCUUCACGGGCAACGCGGUGGUGGCGGCGCCAUGCGUUGACACGACCGUUGACUCGGUAGUCAAUGGCUCGCUGUCGCUGUGUGUGCGCAAGGUCCGGGAUGCAAUCGCGAGCGUGAACGAGGAGUACAUCCGGUCGGAGAUCGACUGGUGCGAGGUCAACGGGCACGGGAUCAUUGACCUGCCCGGCGGCAUGAUCAUCACGCCCUGGUCAAAGCUGCCUUUUGAUGGCGUUGACUUUGGAUGGGGGCGGCCGACGUACAUCGCGGCCCCGGUCAACGACAGGCCCGAGUACGUGCUGGUGCUGUCCAGCUGCAAAGGAGAUGGCGGUGUGGACGUGUUCAUGGCUAUGGAGUUUCACAAGAUGAGAAAGCUGGAGGAGUGCCUUAGUAUAUGAGCGUUUUGUUUGUACAUUAAGAUUGCUAGCUUUGUAGCAAAGUGGAAGUAUUUGUAUACUUUAUUUGGUA